AUGGAUAUCGAGUUUGUAGACAUAGAUACAAAAGAUUUAAUCCAUGCAGAUGGUGUAGAAAAGUAUUCUGUUGUAGAACUGUUAUGUAUAAGUGAUGAAGAAGGUCCUGAAGCCAGCGUGAGUAAUAAAACACGAAAUAGGUUUGAGCAAGCUACUACAGACAGCGAACUAAAUAGAAGGAAAGUUGAGCGCAUUCCAGAGAAUACCAGACGUUCGACAAAAUGGGCAGUAAACGUUUGUGUAUGA